AUGGAUGGUCCAACAAUAAAGCGGGCGCGGAAGGAGGUGACACUGACUCGGAAGACAGAGAGUUGCGGUGAGGAUGAGAAGAACGCGGCCAGCACCAGCUACGCUGCUGCUUCAUGUGCUACAGUGGAAGAGGCAGGGGGCGAUGUGGCCAGUGAGUGCUCCUUCGCCAGCUCCCUUGCAUCCGACAAGGAAACUGAGCUUUUGGCGGAGGGAGAAAAGCUGAGCGGCGCCGCACUAAGAGAAUUUUUGAAGCGCAACUUUAUUGACUACAUAGAGCAGAAGACAGCAUGCAUUCCCGAUGCAGAGGAAAAGGACAUGUGA